AGCGGCCAUGUUGGAGCCUGCUGAGCGCAUAGCUUCUGGCAGCUCCGCUUUGGCCAGAGAGGUGGCGUUGUCAAGGUCAGCUAGGCGCUUGAGCUUCAAUGCCCGGCCGCGAUGCUGCUUCUCUGCGGCGGCAGAGAAGGAAAUUGGACAUGAGGUGAAUCGCGUGCGCGAAAUUCCGUCCCGUUUCGCAGGGGUGGCGGCAGGCCUUGGCAAAGUUUCCAGGGUUGAUGCUCACAUGCAGCGACAAAGGACUUCGAUGCUUUGUCUCAUGAUGUGUUUCAUGGCGCAGAGGUUGGCCAAUAAGAAGAGGCUGCCUUGUAGGGCGCAGGUCACUGCGGAGGUAGCCAGCGCGCCAAGCGCAGACAGGACAACCUGGUCCUGGAGGAGAGGCUUUUACAUUCUCUUCUUGGUCACAACGUAUGUUCUUUGCGAUGUUUUGGUGUAUUUUCGUGGUGAAAUGGCCAGCACAGGCUAUCACAAAGCGACUGUGCCAAUUUGUACCUCCACUGUGUCUGUGGCCAUAGGUGCUGUUUGGGCUUGGUGGUCUUUGGGUUGGAGGGGGUUGCGCGAAUGCUUCGCUCCAAAAAAUGUUUUCAAUUUCUGGGUAGUUGGCGCUUCAUUGUGUUUCUCGCUUUCAAGCAUUGCGCUGUUGAAAGCCUUUGUCCAUUUGGAUGCUGCUUUCAUCAAGCUGGUGGGACAGGUCAAGCUGCCACUGGCAGCCUUGGUCUCCACCUUCCUGUUGAGAACAAGGUAUAGCUUGUCCGAGUGGUUCUCACUGCUGAUCCUUUUCCUUGCCUGUGGCGCUUUCAAGGCAAUGACGAUAGGAGGGGGCGACGCCCAUGGUUUCGGGCCAGUUUGUGUCCUGGUGAUGUGCAACGUCUUCGCGGCGCUUUUCGCAGAAAGGGCCUUCAAGAAGAGCCCUGACAGAUUGCCCUUUGUGGUCAUCAUGACCAACAUGAGGAUUGGAGAAAUCCUCUUUGCCUUAGGGUUUCUCUUCUGUGAGCAUGGCAGCCAUGGUUUCGAGAAUUUCUUCAUCAACUGGGAUAGUUCCACGAUGUGGGUCUUUGGCACUCAUAUCUUGGACCUUUGGAUGACUGCCUUUAUGGUAAAGGAGUUGUCUUCGGUGUCCAAGUACGUUUCCAAGUGUUUGACGAUGGUCGUGUUGUUUGCAAUCGCCCUUCAGCGGGGUCAUCUCGCUGGCCGGCACAGACCGACCAUCGCGGAGACGAUGGUGGCGUUGAUCGUCAUCUUGACCACCUUGCAAUUCGCAACCCUCAGAGCUGAAAGGAGCCAACCACGGCGCCAAGCAUGGCGCAAGGAGUAGCCAAAAGUGGGAGCUGACGGGUGGCAAAC